ACUGAGUAACGCGCGCUCUGUUUUGAUCACACAAUAGGGUUGCGUGGUAAAUAAGCACCGUUAGAAUCCGUCCGUCGCGAUGAAAGUCAUUUUGGAUUUUUUGACUCGUUUGUGGAUUGCUGUCGCGAAUUACCUAAUACCCAACAAGAUUAGGGAGAGAAAGCGAACGCUGUCGGCGGAGGAAACUAUUAUUUCAGAACAAGCCGCUUUUCUGUGUCAGAAAUACAUCGAAGCCAGAUUCACGCGCUCAAAUUUAUGCUACUACAACCCCAAGGGUCGGAAAAAAGACGGAGAGCCCACGAUCGCAUGUCCCGAGGAUGUCGUCGACACAUUGAACGAAAUGGGCGCUUUGCUUGAGAAAAGCUAUCCAAAACUCUACAACAACGUUUUGGAUCAACUAAAUUGGCGGAUUAACCUUGCUAUUCUCGUUUGUAACAUGUUCAAUCGCGUCUCCGAACAAAUUGUAGCUUCUGGUGUGACCUGGGCUCGGAUUAUUGCUGUUUACGCUUUCGCCGGCGCUCUGGCCUACGAUUUAACACAGACAGGAGAUACAAGAUUCAUUCGUUGUCUGUCGAGGUGGAUGGCUCAUUUCUCCGCCAGACGGUUAAGUCCGUGGAUAAGACAGAAUGGAGGAUGGAAAGGCAUAGUGGCACAUUUCAAGGAAGAGGAACAGUCAGUAAUGGGCUCGUUAAGUAAAUGGCUCUCAGGGAGUCAACCAAGAAAAGAGCAGUCUUAGUUUGAAACAGCCUCUUCAAGUGGUUCAUGACGCGAAUGCAGUACGGAUAGGAGCACCGAAAAAUGUUGCUCAGUUUGAGUACAAGUAUCAAUUUUAAAGUCUACCGUAAAAUGCAUGGAGAGCGAAUUUUUAAAGAGAAAUGUCACUUGUAUAAGUUCGCUGAUAUCAAUCAACUCUUGAGGUCAUCAGGGGAGUCACACAUGGAAUUUUAAUAACAGUUAACGUGGUUAUGUGAAGAGAAUGCAAGCUGUCUCAUAUCUCCAUUUACAUGUAGGCGCUUAUUUCCCGUCCUGAGAUUCCUCUGCCAAUCACAGGCAGAACUGACUCACACAAACUUAUUCCACCUCAUUCUCAUCCACGCCUGAUGAAGUUUUUAAAAAUAUAUAUAUAGCCUUUUACCACUAACUAGAGAUUCUUCCGUCUUAAAGGGAGGCUUCGUUUCGAUGGUUUCCCGUUCAACGUAUCUUCUCGCUUCAGUGGUUUAAAUUUCUUUUUUUUCUUUCUCUGGCGCAAACCGCUCAAUUUAGUCUUGAAAGAGCUCCCAUGAUGGGCACCUAGGCACCGUAACCAAUGGCAUUUCGAUAACUAAAUUUAAGUUUGUUAAGCUGUGUAAAUGACGACUUCUCAUCUUAGAAGUCAUUUUAAGUCUGUUUUCUAGCUUUGUCAAAACACAGCAUUUCUUGACACUGUA